UUUGCUUAAAAAAAUAUCACAACAUCUAAUUAAUAGAAUAUCAAUAUAUUUUAAAUGAAAAAUCAUAUAUCAACUGUUUUGUGUGAAAUGCGUAGUGAUUUCAAAGAUAAUCAUCAAGAAACUAUUAAUAAAAUGAUACAAUUUGGCACCGUUAAAUAUGGAAUCGUCAAACAGUUGAAAGAUCGUGCGCGUAGCGCCGAUAAAGCUUCCGAUGAUUCAAGCGAUCAGGAGGAGAAUGGUGCUUGCUGUUCGCCCAUUGCCAGUGGCGAGUUGACAGCGUGCAAUACAGACACAGCAACAACAACAACCGCAACAAUGCCAGCAGCAAGUUCACCGACGCAUACCAACAACAGCAGCAGUACAGCAAUUGGUAAUGAUUUGGCUGCGGAAGAUUGCACACAAGGCGCUGCUGAUAUGGCAGCAGCAACAACAACAGCGUCGGGUGAAGCGGCUGCCGCUGCGAUGACCGAAGAUCACAAUCACAACAAUACCAGCAACACCAGCGAUAGCAACUGCAGCAGUAAUAAUGUUAUACUGGCUGGUGGAUCGCCAACACGACUGGAGCAUGCGCACGGUGCGACGUCUGCGGACACGCGUCUACUAAAAAUGAAAUCACUUAGCGAUGUGGCGUUGGCAUCUACGCCCGGCAUGGAAGCUCGCGAAUCAAGCAUAGCGUCGGCAAUUAGCCCUGCCAGCUCACCAGCAUACAACACAUAUCCGACAGAUAGCAGCUGCGUGACUAACAACAACAAAUUUGCGGCACCCACACCAAUGGAUAUCGAGGAGGCUGACGCAGAAAUUGCGGAGACUUUGGCGAAAGAGUGCACAGUAGACGAGAAUGUUGGAGCGGAGGAAGAUGGGGAUGAAGACAAGCAGACCACUGCGGAGGCAUCAGCCACAAGGAAGGCCGCAGCAGGUGUGAGCUCACCGACAUCAAAGCCUAGUAGCAGUUUGGCAGCGAGUAAUGCAGUUGCCGCUGCAAAUGAACUGGCAGAUGGUAUUGAAAAAAGCACUUCCGCGCCGCUAACACCCACCUCAAGUGCGCUUGCAGCUGCGGCCAACGGCGCCGGACUGCCACAAGCUGCUGCCGCCGCCGCGGCUUUUGGUACCGCGCCGGUUAAUCUUGAAGCCAUACAGAAUAUGCAAAUGGCAAUCGCGCAAUUUGCUGCUAAGACAAUAGCGAAUGGCGCACAGGGCGGCGAUAAUGAGGCGGCCAUGAAACAGUUGGCCUUCCUGCAGCAAGCGUUAUUUAAUUUGCAGCAACAGCAACUCUUUCAAAUACAACUUAUCCAGCAGCUACAAUCACAAUUGGCAUUGAAUCAGCCGAAAGACGUUAGUGAUGCUGGUGAGGGUGCGGAAGGUGGCGAUCCUGAUGAUUUGGAAGACGAGCGUGAAGAUGGCGAGGAGGAUACGUAUGAGGAGGAAGAGCGUAUUGCUGAAAUGGAGUUGCGUCAGAAGGCGGAGGCGCGCAUGGCUGAGGCUAAAGCGCGUCAGCAUCUCAUUAACGCCGGCGUACCGCUGCGCGAUGAAACGGAGAGCGGCAAUCGUGCGGCAAGUGAAGCGUCGGUAGUACCAACAACAGGUACUUCAGUCGUUUUAGAGUCACUCAAACGUAAGCGUGAGGAUGAUGAUGACGUCUUCGGCACGCCAACGAGCAGACGCAUGAGCAUGGAGAUGGUGCAUGGCAGCGCCACGCGACCAAUGCCCUCACCAUUGGAUGCGUUGAGCAAAUUGAAGGAGAUGGAGAAUAUGCCACUGCCUUAUGGUUCUGAUCUCGCCUCGAGCAUCAUCACCAAUCACGAUGACCUGCCCGAGCCCAACUCACUGGAGAUGCUGCAGAAACGUGCACAAGAGGUGCUGGACUCUGCCUCACAGGGCAUACUCGCCAACAAUAUGGCUGACGAGUUUGCUUUCAGGGAUAAGAAUGGCGACGGCAAGAACCGUAAUGAACCUUUCUUCAAACAUCGCUGUCGUUACUGUGGCAAGGUGUUUGGUUCUGACUCGGCACUGCAGAUACACAUACGCUCGCAUACUGGCGAACGACCAUUCAAGUGUAACGUCUGCGGCAGUCGUUUCACCACCAAAGGUAAUUUGAAGGUACAUUUCCAGCGCCAUGCACACAAGUUUCCUCACGUACCGAUGAAUGCCACACCCAUACCUGAGCACUUGGACAAGUUCCACCCACCGUUGCUGGAUCAAAUGUCACCGGAUAGCUCGCCCUCGCAUACGCCUGCGGCGAUGCCCCAGCAAAUGCCGCAGCAGAUGCCACCAGUGUCGCUGCCGUUGCCGUUUCCAACUGGCGCCGGAUUUCCUGGCUUACCUGGUCUAUAUAGACCACCAAUGGAGCUGCUGAAGUCAUUGGGGAGUGCAGCAGGCUUCCCGAAUCCCUUCUUUCAGCAAAUGACGAGAGCUGCUGCAACCGAAACACACACUGAAGCGCCAACAACCCAAACUACAUCCAAAGAAAGUAAUCAUGAUUUGCCAACCGAUUUACGCAAAACGUCGGCAUCCAACUCACCCGAGUUACCAGUGAAGACUGAAAUUACGGAGGAGAAGGACGAUUCCACCUCCACACAGCAGGCGCCCGCACAGUCAACAGAGAGUCCGACGACGACUACAGUAACUGAAGCUCUAACACAGUCAACUACACCAGCUUUGGAUAUCAAAAUUAAAGAGGAACGCAUAGACACGGACUCGCAAGAUGAGGAGAUUCCUCGUGUGGAUACGCCGACGCCUCAGUUAGCACCUUCGCCUGCGCCACGAAACAGUUUAACACCAACACAUUCGUCCGUAAGCGCGCCCUUUACACCACCAACACCCACCUCAAAGCCAUUGGUGCUGGCACCUGUCGUACAGCCCGCACAGCCACCCAUCACAAUGCAUCCGCAUCCCUCACCAGGUGCACACAAUCAUAUCGAUCAUCUGCCCACGCCGGGACAGCUGCCGCCGUCUUUACAUCAUCGCGACGACUUCUUCGCAGAACGUUUCCCACUGAAUUUUACCAAAAAUCUCUCACCCGAACAUCAUUCGCCCAUUCGUUCACCGGCGCACCUGCAACGUUCACCAUUCUUCAAUCCAAUCAAACACGAGAUGGCAUUAUUGCCGCGCCCUCACAGUAACGACAACUCGUGGGAGAAUUUCAUAGAGGUAUCCAACACCUCCGAGACACUGAAGCUGAAGGAGCUAAUGAAGAACAAGAAAUUGACAGAUCCGAAUCAGUGUGUCGUUUGUGAUCGUGUGCUGUCGUGUAAGAGUGCUCUGCAGAUGCACUACCGAACACAUACUGGUGAGCGGCCAUUCAAGUGUCGCAUUUGUGGACGCGCUUUUACCACCAAAGGCAAUUUGAAGACCCACAUGGCCGUGCACAAGAUACGCCCACCCAUGCGCAACUUCCACCAAUGCCCUGUUUGUCAUAAAAAAUACUCGAAUGCAUUGGUACUGCAGCAGCAUAUACGCUUGCAUACCGGCGAACCGACGGAUUUGACGCCCGAACAAAUACAGGCGGCCGAAAUACGUGAUCCACCGCCAUCGAUGAUGCCGGGUGCCUUCAUGAACCCUUUUGCGGCGGCUGCCUUUCAUUUCGGUGCUAUGCCAGGCGCGGCCAUGGGGCAUCAUCUGGGACCCCACAACGGCACAAUGGGCUCAGAGUCAUCGCAGGGAGAUAUGGAUGAAAAUAUCGAUUGCGGUGAUGACUACGACGAUGACAUCUCCUCCGAACACAUGUCCAGCGCACACGAUCUGGACGUGAGUGAUCGGCCGAGAUCGAGUGAUGAUUUCAAAGGUUUGCUCUUCGAACAAAAGUUGCGCAUCGAUGCCAGUGGCGUUGUGAAUACCACACCACGUCCGCACUCCACCGCUAGCAAUGCAAAUUCGAAUAACUCUGAGCCAAAUAGCCCCAACUCCGCGCCACGUCACAGCUCGACACGCGCCAGCUCGCCGGCACGUUCCAUGUCUGAGGCAUCACAAGGCGCGUUAGACCUUACACCACGUGCACUGCCAAUGCAAGGUAACAAAAGCAGCUCACAAUCACCAGCGCCCACAACAUCCACAGCACAGGCUGCCGGUCGCAAGACACCUAUUUCGCCACCGCGUAAUAGUAGCGCCAACAGCAGUGCGGCUAGAAGUCCCCACCCUGUGCCAUCACAGAAACCACACCCGCAAAUAAGCCCUGCGCUCACUUCACCGCUUGUACCCACCUCAGCGGUCGACUGCUUGCCCCCUGUGCUGCACCAUCACUUACAACAGCAGCACCAACAAUUGAUGCAACAGCAAGCGGUUGCGGCGGCAGCAGCUCAUGCUCAAGCACAGGCGCAACAUCAUCACCAACAAUUGCAACAACAUGCCGUCGCUAUGCAUGCCGAGCAACUGCGGCGUGAGCACCAAAUCAAACAGGAGCAUGCGGUGCAUCAGCAUCACUUGCGUCAACAGCAGCAUCAACACCAACAACAGCAAGAGCAGCAUCCAUCGGCGCAUUCACCCCAUCAGUUAGCGUUGCCUCCACCGCCGCCGCAUAUCGCUCACCAUCUGCAGCAACAACAGCAUCAGGCAGCAGCCGCCGCGGCCGCCGCAGCACAACAGCAACAACAACAGCAGUCACCGGGGGCUAUGCCACCACAAGGGCCACAACCACCAAAUCCAUUAGUCGCUGCGCGUCCACCAUUCGGCAUGUUUCCCAACUUGCCGCUCUUCCCGCCCGCCACAGCGCAAACGAUGUGCUCGGCGAUGAACACAAUUGCGCAAUCGGUAAUGCCGGCGGCACCGUUCAAUCCGCUUGCACUUUCCGGCGUGCGAGGAAGCACCACCUGCGGCAUCUGUUUCAAAACAUUCCCUUGUCACUCAGCUUUAGAAAUACACUAUCGCAGCCACACCAAGGAACGACCAUUCAAGUGUAACAUCUGUGAUCGCGGUUUCACCACCAAGGGCAACCUCAAACAACAUAUGCUGACACAUAAGAUACGUGAUAUGGAGCAGGAAACUUUCCGGAAUCGUGCAGUAAAGUAUAUGAGUGGCUGCAAAGAAGGCUACGAGUAAUAAGACAAUUGCGUAGUGCUUAGUAAUGUUGUUGGUACUACCAAAAAUAUUUAUAUAUGUAGAUACAGUUAGCACUAGACACUGGUCGAAAGAUCUAGAGAGCUAAGGAAAGUGUUCCCAUAUUACAUAUGUAUGUAUGAGUGGGAUUUACACAUCGUUGUUGGUGACUUCAGGGUACCGCAGAAAGGUUUUUGUUGUUUUGGCGCCGUAUUUAUGUAUAUGUAAGUCUUAAGCAUAUAUGUAUAUGUGUAAAAUA